GUGUGCGUGAAGUAAACAAGUCGGGAGACAAAAAAUUGCCUUUGUUUUCUUGUUUGUCAACUCAAGACUAAAAUUUAUCGUUAUGGUAGCGCAACUGUGCUCGAUAACUCAAAAAAUCAUAAAAAUUUUAAGACCAAAAGCACUUUUCUCCAAGUAUGAAAUAAAAUGGACCAACGUCGUUUUGAUCACUUUGUUCCACUUGGUUGCUCUUUACGGGCUCUUGACGUUUCCCUACAUUCAAAAGUACAAAACUGUACUUUUUGCGUUCAUCUUGACGUUGAUCGCGGGUUUUGGUGUCACCGGUGGUGUCCAUCGAUACUGGACCCACAAGGCUUACAAGGCCAAAUUACCCCUGAAAAUUAUCCUCGUUUGCUGCUACACGUUGGCUGGUCAGAAUUCCAUAUACGAUUGGGUAAGGGACCAUCGAAUCCACCAUAAAUUCACUGAAACUGAUGCAGAUCCUCACAAUAGCAAGCGCGGCUUUUUUUUUUCACACGUUGGCUGGCUUUUCAUCAAAAAGCAUCCAGACGUUAUUGAAAAAGGAAUUCAGAUGGACAUGAGCGACAUCGAGAACGAUCCGAUCGUCAAUUUUGCCAACAAGCACUUUACGAAAUUGAAAUUGUUAUUUGCAUUCGUGUCAGUAGCGGUUCCAGUGUACGUUUGGAAUGAGUCUUGGUACUACUCUGCAAUGGCCCAACUUGUGAGAUUCAUAUACACCAGCAAUGUUACCUGGUCUGUCAAUAGUUUGGCACACAUUUGGGGCACGAAACCUUACAAUAAGAACAUUGCACCCGUGGAAAAUUCUUUCGUCACGUAUAUAACCAAUGGCGAAGGCUGGCAUAAUUUUCAUCACGUGUUUCCAUUUGACUACAGGUGUCCAGAAUUUGCAGGAAGACAUGACCCAACGGCAAAAGUAAUUGAAAUAUUUGCGAAAAUCGGAUGGGCGUACGAUCUUAGAAAAACAAAAGACUCAAUGAUCACAAGUACUUUAAUGAAACAUGGAGAUGAAACAAUAAAAAGCCAAUUAUCUUGAUGGUUUUUUGAAGUUACACUUCUAUAGGCGCAUUAUGAGUGAGGGUAAAUCAACGAUCUCAGAUUUUAAGAUUUUGACCUUGAGAAAAAGUGUGACGGAAGUGGAUUUUCCUUGAUUAUUCCCCUUCCCCUCGCCACCCAUGACAUACUUCCGGUUUCCUCUACACCACACGACAUCACCACACCACACACUUUGAAUUUUAUAAAUUUUAUUUCUUUUAAUUAAUUCUAAAAGAAAAGAAAAAAAAUAACAGUCUCCACAGAGAUUUGAAUCCCCAACCUUCUGCACGCUGGUCAAUGAGCGUAUAGUUCGUUGCUUAUUUUUAAUGUAAAUUUUUAUUUAUUGUGUAUUCAUUCAUUUGGUUUGAUUAUACAUUAAAUGAAUAG